AGACGAGUGAGAGAAAGUAUCAUUCUAUGUGAAAGGAAUAUUAUUAAAUUAUCAGUGUCAGUUAAUGCUCUGAUAAUUUGGAAUAUUUAGUUUUUGAAAUUAUCUAAGAAAUUCUUGGGAACUUGAUAUUUUAGUGUACAAUUUAAAUAACUAUAUAUGAACAUAUAAGUAAAUUGUAGUUUAAGGCAUGAGUAAGAUGUUAUAAGUAAUAUAAAAAAGAUUCAGAUGUACAAAACAGAAAUAAAGUAAAGAUAGAACAAAAAGAUAUAUUUUGGAGAAAAACAAUGAAAUGUUUUAUAAUUUUAUCUAAUUAUAUAAACUCGUGAAAUUAAUUACAUAAAAUGUCAAUUUAGUAUACGAUUGUGAGGGCUCGGAACAUUUAAAAAAAGCGAGUACAAUAAAAAAAAGACAAAAGACAAAACCUCAUGCAGGCAUUAAAAAUCUGUAAUUAAUCCCUGUCAAUUUGAACUAAAUUACAUUUCAAUUUUCGGGAUAUACAGCAAUUUCAUACAACACGUUAAAAAUUAGACAGACGGUUAAUAAAUUGAAACGGUAGAAUGUCACCGAUUGUUAUCUUUAAAAGGAGAAAAUGCAUUGUGUCUAAUAUAACCGAGAAACGGGCAAGAAACAUCACCAUACUUUUUAUCAGAUUUGGAAUAAUUACUCGUGGAUCAAGGAAAACUCUUCAGUAUUUGUAUCAGGAGCGUAAAUAACUUUUCUUAAGUAGGUGAAUUGGAUAAACAUUUUCUUGUGUUUGCAAAGAAGUUAUUUAUAAUCAAAAUGGAAUUUGCCAACAUGACGAACAUAACGAUUAAUCAGACAUGGCAAUAUAAUUUUAUGCAACAGGAUGCAUCCCAAGAGGUGUGGAUUGGAAGAGUAAAACUUCUCAGAAGUAUAUGUGUGCCGUUGAUAGUUGGAGCUGGGCUUUUUGGAAACACCUUAUGUUUUAUUGUGUUCGUCACUAAAAAUAUGAGAAAAUCUUCUUGUUCCGUGUUUCUUGCAUCGUUAGCGUUCGCAGACAACUCAUAUUUAAUUUGCCUCCUUCUCACAUGGAUUGACGGAGAUGUCACGACGAUAAUGAACGCCGACUUUGCGUGCCAAGUCUUGAUAUUUAUGACAUACAUUACGUCAUUCUUAAAUGCGUGGUUCAUAGUUGGAUUUACCUUCGAACGCUUCCUUGCCAUUUGCCUUCCUCUUCGGACAGGAUAUAUGUGUAGCGUGUUUCGCGAGAAAGUUUCAGUAACAACAUUGUGUAUUUCGGCCUGCCUUAUGUACAGCUUUAGUUUUUGGACAACUGGGCUCAUACAAUGGGGUCCAACAAAGCGAUGCUCACAUAAAAUUGAAUACUUCGAGUUCCUUAGUGUAGUCACCUGGAUCGAUACAUUCUUAACAAUGUUAAUACCCUUCUCUGUUAUACUUUGUAUUAAUUCGUUGGUCUUAAGAACAGUCAUUAAAGGCACGCUUGCACAGCGACGAAUGCAAGAAAAGCGACAACGGAGAAGCGACGCUGCGGAACAUAGUCUUAUUGAAGAUAAGACUGAAAAUGCUAAACCAGUAAGAAUGGCAGGAAAGCAAAGAUCAUUAACGCAAGUCCGGGUAGCAAAGACACUUUUUGUUGUUUCUUUGAUUUUUAUAUUUCUUAACUUACCGUCCCACGCUAUACGACUCUAUCAUCUUAUAGAUACAAGCACAUCAGAAAACCAGUCCGUGUCUAUAGAAUUCUACUUCUUUCAGGAACUUACACUUAUGCUGUAUUAUACGACUUUUAGUUGCAAUUUUGUGUUGUAUACACUUUUUGGGCGGAACUUUAAGAAUUCGCUUAUCCUGCUCAUACAUUGUAAAACCCUAGCCGAUGACCGUAAGAAGAAAAUGCUUCAAAAGCUCACACCUUCCGAAGAUAAACGCAUUUCUAAAAUGUAAUAAAUGUUAUCUGUACUGUCAUUUUAUUGUUAUUUAAGAAUCAUUUUGAAAUUAUGUUUCGAUAUACAUCGUAUAUUAAAAACAAAACAGA